UAAAAUCCGGGUUUCAAAAUCGGGUCUUUCCCCCAAUCGAAAAAAAGCACGAAUUUUUAACCCUAGCCGCGUCCUAAAAUUCCCCCAAAUUUUUUUUUUUUUUCCUUACAAAAUUUUCUUCGAUUUCUUUUUUCAGAUCCCUUCCUUAAUCCAGAUCGAUCUUCAAAUCAAUUUCUCAAAAAUAUGGGUUUCAAGCGCACUUUUGAUGCUGAGGAUGUCCAAGAGCUCAACGUUAAGCAUGCAAGACAGAUUAGUUAUUGCAAUAAGCUGACCAAGCUAGAUGAAGGAGUUCCAUCUCAGUCUACCCUUUCUCAUGAAUCUCCUGAGUCAGAUAUACCUUGGAGACCAGUUUGCUCGGAAGAUGUUUAUUGUUCUCCGAUGUCUCCUAGAAAACAAGUUCCUGUCGGGCCGGAUUACCAGGCGGUUAUUCCUGAAUGUGUCAAGGAAGAGGCAAGUCAUCAGUCAGGUCAGGCUGUGACGGGGAAGUGCGUAAUUCCAAUGCCUGACUGUGAAACCGAGAUUUGCAAAAUUGGUAAAGGAAGAAAGGAAUGCAUUUGCCUGGAUAAAGGUUCCACCAGAUGUGUGCAGCAGCAUAUCAUGGAAAACAGGGAAGACUUGUUUGAAACUAUUGGAUACGACAGAUGCCUGGAUUUAGGUCUUUGUGAAAUGGGGGAGGAAGUAGCCGGCAAACUAACUGAAGAUGAGGAAGAUCUAUUUCACGAGGUUGUUUACUCCAACCCGGUGUCACUGGACAGGGAUUUCUGGAAACACCUUAAGUCUGCGUUUCCUUCGAGAACCAUGAAGGAAAUUGUGAGUUAUUAUUUCAAUGUCUUUAUCCUGCGAAGACGAGCUAUCCAGAAUCGUUCCAAAAGCCUGGAUGCUGAUAGUGAUGAUGACGAGUGGGAAGUAGAGUAUGACAACACCUUUUAUGGUGCUGAAACUCCAUCAGAUGAUAAAGCCGAAAAAAGCCUCUCAAGAGACGAAGAAGAAGAAGAGGAAGAGGUUAAUGUUAAUGCAGAUUCGAACAUGUCCUUUGAAUACCAGUCCAAUGUAAUCUACUCUCGAUGUCCAGUUAGAAACAGAGAAGAAUCCAACAUUGGGAAUUACUGGCGCCACUGCAAUGAUCUUGUGGAUAAUUCAUAUUCAUUUGAUCCUUGUGAUUCGAUACUACCAGAUCAUUGCUGGACUAAGAACAUUGAUCUGCUUCCAACUUCAAACAUCAUUGAUGAGAUCUUUGGUCAAGACCCGUGGGAUGAUUUUUCGAGAGGGAAGUAAAUGAAGAACGAUCUCAGUUCUCCAUUAUUACUCUGCUCUUAAGUUCUGAAUCUUGUUUAUGUAAAUGCAUUAUUUAAAAAAAAAACUCAAGUUGGAAGUUUCAGGGAGUCUUGUAUAGUUUAUGGCCCUUGAAGCUCUGUGUUUUUGAUGCUUUAGGUUAUUUUAUUACCUUUGUUAAUCAGAAUUAGAUUUUGUUGUAAGAAGAAGAAAAAAUCUUCAAACUGUUUAAUGAACUAACUUUUUGUUCAUA